UCAUCAUAGAUACAAAAGAGUGAUUGAUUGCCUUUGCUUGUUACUGCUUUUACGUGAAAGAGCAGUCUAAGUAACUUGACAACCUCCAACUUGGACUUAUAUGUUUCUGAUGUUUCCAGAUUGUUGAUUUUUCAUAUGAGCAGAUUUUUGUUUUUUUUUUUUUGCUUGUUUGUUAUUAGAUUACAACUUGGUGGUAUUAUAUUAGACUUGAUUCUCCAUAUGAAAGCCUCGUCAGUUUGGUUACUAUUUGUUUUUUUUUGUUUUAUUCCUGCGUCUAAAACAUGUAUCAUAUUAUACUGGAUGUAUAGCAAUACUAUAGGAACAAUAUUUAUUCAAAUUAUAUCCUUACAUUCCCUAGUAUAUGAAUUACUUAAAUCACAAUAUUGAAUUACAAUUUGAUAUGAAGUCCUAAUUUCGCAAUAUUCACUUGUAUAUAGUGUACUAUGUCGAACCUUACAAAACUUGAAUUUGCGGCUCUUGAUAUUACUGGAAAGAACUAUUUGUCUUGGGUGCUAGAUGCUGAAAUUCACCUAGAUGCAAAAGACCUUGGUGAUACAAUCAAAGAAGGAAAUAAAGCAACAAGUCAAAACAAAGCUAAGGCUAUGAUAUUUCUUCGCCACCACCUCCAUGAGGGUCUUAAGAUUGAGUACUUGACUGUGAAAGAUCCACAAGUCCUUUGGAGUAAUCUAAAGGAAAGGUAUGACCAUCAGAAAACUGUAAUACUACCCAAAGCUCGUUAUGACUGGUUACAUUUAAGACUACAAGACUUUAAGUCUGUAAGUGAAUAUAACUCAGCUAUGUUCAGAAUUACUUCACAGUUGAAAUUAUGUGGAGAGAAAAUCACUGAUGCAGAAAUGCUAGAGAAAACAUACACUACCUUUCAUGCGAAUAAUGUUGUCCUGCAGACACAAUAUCGUGAAAAGGAAUUUAAGAAAUAUUCUGAACUUAUAUCUUGUCUCCUUGUGGCUGAGCAAAAUAAUGAGCUACUGAUGAAAAAUCAUGAAUCCCGUCCAACUGGUUCUGCUCCAUUCCCUGAAGCGAAUGCGACAUCCCAUAACGGGAAAGAAAAAUAUCAUGCCAACAAUAAUAUUUCUCAUCUGCAGGAGUGUCGAAUGCAGCAAAGGAUUUAUGUUAUUUCUCAUGUGGAACAAGCAAUCAGGUAG